AUGGAUACGGACUACGCCAACGACGCUCGGCCGCCGCCAGCACAGGACGCCUGGAUCAUACUCGCCAGCUACGUGCGACAGACGUGGUUCCAGCUGACCGGCAGAGUGCCGGCCCUGGUCAGCAGUGACAAUGACAUUCAGGUGUUGUUCACCCUGCUGCCGUUCGCGCUCGUGUUCUUACUCGCAGCACGUGUGAAGAGCCCUAGGCACACGUUUUAA